UCAAGAAGACUGCAAAAAAAAAAAAAUCAACAAUGGCGGACGAAGCAAAAGCUAAAGGAAACGCAGCUUUCGCCGCCGGUGACUUCGAUUCCGCCGUGAAUCACUUCACCGAAGCUAUCAACUUAGCACCAACCAAUCACAUUCUCUUCUCGAACCGUUCCGCUGCUCACGCGUCGCUUCAUCACUACGACGAAGCUCUCUUAGACGCGAAGAAGACUGUUGAACUCAAACCAGAUUGGGGAAAAGGUUACAGCCGUAUCGGUGCUGCUCACUUAGGGCUUAACCAGUUCGAUGAAGCCGUGGAGGCGUACUCGAAGGGGCUUGAGAUCGAUCCGAGUAACCAAGGUUUGAAAUCGGGUUUAGCUGAUGCGUCUAGGUCACGGAAGAAACGGAAACUUGAGACGGAGUUUGGAGAAGAGAAGGAGAAGAAGAAGAAGAAAGCUCAGAGUCAAGAAGAUUUAGGAGGGCAAGUUAAGGAAACGCCAAUGGUGUGAAGCAGACGAAAUUGAUGAUGAGCUUGUUCCUCUAUAACAGACGAAACUGUAUAUUGUUUGUAUUAGUGUAGUAAGUUCUUUUACUUGUAACGGUCACAUCUCCAUUUGUAAAUUUGUAUUAUAACUCGAAAACUCUUAGGGUUAACCACUCGAGUUUAACAUUCAUGUCUUAGGGUUUCUUUGUGUGAAGCUAUGUGAUCCGCUUUGUUGAACUAUUCUAA